AUGAAGUGUCCCAAGGAGGAUUCAGUUGGUGCAGUUUGCGGAGAAGAUAAUCAGUCGUAUGAAAGCGAAUGUGAAAUGCUUAAAAGAGGUGUAAAAUUAGCGUACAAGGGCCUGUGUAAGAAAAACUGCCAGUCUGAGGUAUGUUUAUUCGUUUUCUUUACAUUUUGGUCAUUACUAAAGGAGGAAGCGGAGAGAAAACAAACGUUAGUCAUAGAAGUGAAAUCGACCAAUCGCUGUGUCACAAACACACACUAUACUUCCAAAUUUUCAAAUUAAGUCAAAUCCAAUACAAUACUUAUUUUAUGCCAGGUAUGUGGAAUCGAAAGUGGUACAUAUGCAAGUCGUUGCCAUGCCAACGAGGUUAAUGCACACGUGGACUACUAUGGUCGUUGUGAAUAUCACUUCAAGUCAGCCUUGAUGAAAGACAAUGAGAGAGGAAGUUCUUUUGAGGAUGAAAGAUGUGAGAUGGUGUAUGAAAAUGGAAGAUGUUCUUCGGUGAAAUGUGAGGCUACUGUGUUACCACCAGGAGCUUGUUGUCCAAUCUGUGGUGAGUAUCGAGAAGGAAUGAUUUAA